GCUAUGCAUGUGGUGUCCUACUGUGCUGAUCACAAAAAGAAUAUUACAACGAUGGAAAGAAAUGUCUGCGCUGCAGCUGAGCCGUUGUUUCCAGAGGGACUGUAUUGAGGGACGGACAAAAUAUGGCAGCCUCCAGGGAAUGAUUCAUGCUGUAUGCUGAGCUGAGCCCUUUCUCUUGUAGAUCCUCUGUAGACUGCCCUGUUGUACGAAAUCAUGUUUUCCAAGCUCUUUAAGGUCAGGUCGAAUACAGCCAUCAAGGGCUCAGACAGGAGGAAACUGAGAGCAGACGUCAGUGCUGCGUACCCUUCUCUCACGACAGAAAACUUAUCUGAUCUAAUGCCAUCCAAAGAAGAGCUGAACAUUGUUAAAGUCUAUGCACAUAAGGGAGAAUCUGUAACAGUCUAUGUACACAACCGGAAUCCAAUUGUAUUCGAGCUGGAAAAGAAUCUUUAUCCAACAGUGUAUACGUUGUGGUCGUUUCCAGAUCUCCUCCCUGCUUUCACUACCUGGCCACUUGUACUAGAGAAACUGUCAGGAGGUGCAGACCUGAUGCUUCCUGGUGUAGUGGUUCCCUCUUGUGGUAUUCCAAAGGUACAGCAGGGCACUCUGUGUGCCAUCACUUUAGUGGGAAACAGGGCUCCUAUGGCAAUAGGUGUGGCCACAAUGUCUACGGCUGAGAUGCUGGCAUCCGGAAUGAGAGGGAAAGGGUUCAGCAUCCUACAUACAUACCGAGAUCAGCUCUGGGCAUUUGGUGACAAAUCUGCGCCUCCAGUCAUUGAACCACGGGAAUAUGAUGUAGCACAAGAUGAGGAGGAGCAGGUGAUACAGAACAGCCUUCCUGAGAACCAAGAUCUGGAGACAGACCUAGAGGAUCUUGCUUUGACAGAAGAGAAAGGGGCGACUGCUGAAGAGGUAGAGGGUGGUAUUGAUGCUCAGGAUGAAAUGGAAGACACAGUUGUUAGCCAAAAAACACCACAAGAAGCCAUGGAUAGCUUGCUGAACCAAUGCUUCUUUCAUGCUUUGAAGCACAAGGUGAAGAAGUCAGACCUGCCCCUCCUUACAAGCUCUUUUCUAAGGAAUUUUUUGUUACCCUGCUGCCCAGAAGGCCAACAAGUGGAUAUUAAGAAGUCUAGUUAUAAGAAGAUGUCUAAGUUCUUGCAGACAAUGCAGCAGCGUAAGAUUUUGCAGGUGAAGGAACUUUCUAAAGGUGUGGACAGCAUUGUGGAAAUCGAUUGGAAGCACCCAGACAUCCGAACAUUUGUACCCCCAGCACCUUUGAUGACAUCUGAAGACAUGAAUGGUGGUGGAGAGUUGCCAUUCCAGCCCCCAGAAAUAAGCUCUCUUUACAGCAUCUCUGCCAAGAUGAUGCCCCUCUUUCAAGACACUGGUCACAGGAAAGGAGACCUACUAACACAAAGCGAUGUCAGAAGCAUUAUCAUCACAUAUGUUAAAACCAAUGAGCUGGUGCACCCCAAUAACAGGAACUUUGUGAUGAUUAACCCAAUCCUGUGUGAUUGCCUUCUGGAGAAAUCCGAACAGAAUAACAUCUUAGCUCUCAAAUGGGACGAUUUGCUUUCAAGGUGUCUGGAAAGAAUGCAGCAUUCAUACCAAGUUUUAUUCCCGGGGCAGUCCCCAAUUAUUCGAAAAGGCAACAUUGAACCAGUUGAAAUCAAUGUGUUACAGAGGGGAUCAAACAAAAAGGUGACUGUAAUUAAAAAUCUGGAGUUGUAUGGUCUGGAUCCUUCUUCAUUCGCAAACAUAUUGCAGCAGCGAGUACAAGCCAGCGCCACCUGCUCUGUACCGCCAGGGUCAAAAGACAGAGUCCAAGUUCAGAUUCAGGGUAACCAGGUGUCUCAGGUUGGCAAGUUGCUAUUGGAAGACUUCAAGAUGUCUCGAAAAUAUGUGACUGGCCUAGACCUGGCAGUGAAACCUGGCAAAAGAAAAUAAAGCAGCUACUCUGACAAAACAUCUGUUCUUUGGUUAUGUAUGUGCAGCCCAAGAUGAUGACCAGUUUAAAGCUACAUUAAACUGUUACUCAUUUCCCAA